AUGUGGCCAAGACCGUUGAGAUCCAAUCCAGGUCAAAGGGAUCCAAACGUGAUGUGUGAAUAUCAUGAGACUCAUGGUCAUAGGACCGAGGAUUGUCACCAACUAAGGAAAGAUGUGGCUCGGUUGCUGAAAAAUGGUUAUCUUCGAGAAUUCCCGAGUGAACGAGCCAAAAACCACUAUAAAGAAAGGGAAAAUCACAAAAGGGUCGAGUCUGUGGAACCACAACAUGUGAUCAAUAUGAUAAUCGGAGGAACAGAUGCACAACGAGGACCCGUGAUGAAAAGAACAAAGGUCUCGAUUGUACGAGAAAAACGGACCCGGGAUUACACGCCCGAGGGUUCAAUCUCCUUCAAUGAAGAGAAUGCAGAAGGCAUCAUUCAGCCGCAAAAUGAUGCAUUGGUAGUUCCACCAACAUUAUCCGAUGGAGAGUGGUAG